UCCUGUGGGGCCAUUUUCAAAUGAACCUUUACAAAAUAUUGGGUACGAAUACAAGAGCGUGUGGGACAGGAAACAGCUAAAGGUUUCAGCAGAAGACAAAACUUGCUAGUAAAGAAUUACCACAUGCAAAAAAAGAGUAAAAUGACAAAACGAUUAGGCUAAAGUACAAAAUCCAGACCACUAAAGUAGGAAUAAGGCUCUACCUUACAUUCCAAUUGAUCACAUAAUUUCCCAACCAAAAAAAGAAAACAGAAACAGACAGAAUCUGAAAAAUAAAAAUAAAAAAGCAAAGGCAAGGAACCUUUUCAAGUAUAAAAUGAAUUGACUGAUGGUGCAUUUUAUAGUAGUACUAUGAUAUAUCAAGAUGAAUAAUAGCUAUAAAGAUUUGAAUAAUCUGAGUGAGAGAGCAGGGGUUUUACAUGAUGAGAUUGAUGAUAAAAUCCAUUGUGAAGAAAUUAAUUUCUGCAGACAUUGUGCUGAACAUGGUCGUUUAUGUGGAAUUGCAGACCUCACAGAGGAAGAUAAGGAGAAAUUGAUUGCUAUUCGAGACUCGUUGAAGGAUGUUCAGAACAUGCUCCAGUUCUACCAGACAUUAGUCUCUCGGCAGCAGAGACAUAACAAGGGAGCACUUGUGCGUUUGGAAGCAAGCAGAAUGCUAUUGAUAAAAAAACUAAAUAACUACCCAACAUGGGGAAAGAAAUCAGAUGUGAUUGAGGAACUAAAAGAAUAUUUUGGCCAAGGAAAAGUUGCAUUAUUUCCUGAGAAUUUGGUAGAAACAGAACAGAAACAGAUUGAAGAUGAGAAAGAAAAGAAGAAGAAUUUCUUGAUCAGUUGCAUAAGAGGUUUAUUUAAUCCAUGGAAUUGGUAUCGUACUACAAGAAUUGCUGCCUUAGCAUUGAUUGUUAAUUUUUACAGGAAUAGGCUGCACAAUAAGAACAAGAUGUCUGUUCCAAGAUUGAAGAUUGGCUAUUCAGAUAGCCAACUGGCUGUUUCAUAUGGAAAGGGAUAAUAGUUUUUUUUUGUGUAAGUCAUACGGAAAAGAUUUAGGUUGAAUACCUAGUCGAUCGGGUUGGCUAAAUAGAUAUUGAAAUAUUGUUAGAUAAUGUACACACGAGGCUUAUGGAUAUAUGCCUAGACAAAUAUAGCACAGAAUUCAUUAUAGAUGUGAUAGCUAUCAUUGAAUAAGAAAUAGUCAGAAUACAGAUUAUAAUAUGAUUUCUAUACGACAAUAUCAGAUGUAGUUUCUGAAACAAUUUCAGCUAUCGGUAUAAAAGAGAGAUUUAUUUUCA